AGCGUUACAUACACUACAUCUGCAUUCAGUCAUUCAGCUGACACGGUCUUUUUACAGCAUACUCCAAUUGCUGCACAGAGAGGACGUCUUGGGAACAUGCAGAUGUGAACUGCUCUUCUAGACUUUGCAAUUAUAAGUACUUUUUUUUUUUUUUUUUUUAAUCACGGAAACAUCGAAACAUAUCCAAGUAAUGGCAAUCCUGAAUCAGUUUACGACGGUGUGUUGGAAGAAUUUUCAAGGCGACCGGCUGAAUAAGCAGCUGUCCUUCAUUUUACGCUCCUUACACAAGUCUUCAUCCAGCGAGACCUGUGGGAUCUCCGCGGCUGGGGAAGAAGCCAUGCCCGAAAGAUUGAUCACACCUGUAAAUUUCGACAAGAAAGCCACAAUCAAAACUCUGGAGGAGAUGCCUGGACCCAGCACCGUGUCCAACUUGGUCGAGUUUUUCUGGAGAGACGGAUUCAGCAGAAUUCAUAAAAUCCAGAUGGAGCACAGAAAGCUGUAUGGCAAAAUUUUCAAAUCCCGUUUUGGACCCCAGCUGGUGGUCUCAGUGGCGGACCGUGAUCUAGUGGCCGAGGUGCUGAGGGCCGAAGGUGUGGCCCCACAGAGAGCCAACAUGGAGUCGUGGCAGGAGUAUAGGGACAUGAGAGGCCGUUCCACUGGCCUCAUCUCAGCUGAGGGAGACAAAUGGCUGAAGAUGCGGAGUGUGCUCAGACAGCUCAUCAUGCGUCCCAGCGACGUGGCAGAGUUUUCUGAUGAUGUGAACAACGUGGUCGAUGACCUGAUAAAGAGAGUUCGUAUUCUGCGCGCCGAGGAGCCCGAUAGAGCAACUGUCAGCAACGUGAAUGACCUCUUCUUCAAAUACGCCAUGGAAGGUGUGGCCGCCAUUUUAUACGAGUGCCGUCUAGGCUGUUUGGAAAACAAGAUUCCCCAGGAAACUCAAGACUACAUCAAUGCACUUCACCUCAUGUUCAGCUCCUUCAAGACAACCAUGUAUGCUGGGGCGAUCCCCAAGUGGCUCCGACCGAUAAUUCCCAAACCAUGGGAAGAGUUCUGUCUCUCUUGGGAUGGCCUCUUCAAUUUCAGCCGUAUUCACAUUGAUAAGAGGCUCACUGAGAUCAAGUCCCAACUGGAACGAGGAGAGGAAGUGAAGGGAGGACUGCUUACACACUUGCUCAUUAGCAAGAAAAUGAGCAUGGAGGAGAUCUACGCCAACAUGACGGAGAUGCUGCUGGCUGGGGUUGACACGACAUCCUUCACCCUUUCAUGGGCCAGCUACCUGUUAGCACGACACCCUCACAUGCAGCAGCAAAUCUAUACAGAGGUGAUGAGUACUCUGGGACCUGGAACAGUCGCCACAGCUGACGAUGUCCCUCGCUUACCUCUCAUCAGAGGACUGGUCAAAGAGACUCUCAGGCUUUUUCCAGUUCUUCCAGGCAAUGGACGGAUUACCCAGAAUGACUUGGUGGUGGGUGGAUACUUCAUUCCCAAAGGGACUCAGCUGGCCCUGUGUCACUACUCCACAUCUUUAGAUGAAGAAAACUUCCCAGAAGCUUUAGAUUUCCGACCGGAUCGCUGGAUACGGAAAGAUGCCACAGAUCGUGUUGACAACUUUGGUUCACUUCCCUUUGGUUAUGGCAUCAGGAGCUGCAUUGGCAGGAGAAUAGCAGAGUUGGAGAUGCAUCUAGCUCUCGCAAGGCUCAUUCAAAAGUUCCACAUUGGCGUGUCUUCUGUCACUGCUGAUGUCGAGGCCAAAACCCACGGCCUGCUCUGCCCUGCUGCUCCCAUCAACCUGCAGUUUACUGACAGGGAAAACUAGAUGCAGACUCCUCUCCAUUGGGUCUACUGUGCGGUAUAUAUUUAAACUGCUGAUUCAACUCUGUAAUCUACAGCAACUUUACAGAUAUAAUUUCUUAAUACAAAAUUUAAUACACUAAAUAAGCAGGAAUUACACUAGAAACAAUAGCCUAAUCUAAUCUCUUUGACAAUGAGCAGCUGCUCAACUGACAGCUCUAGGUCUACUCACUUUUCCUUAUUCAUUUAAUGUUGCCAUAUAUAAUACAGACUGUAAACUAAAUUUAUUUUGUGUAAUUUUAUGCUAUAUAAAUAACGCCGACUUAGCUUUUGAAAUGUUGAUACCAUCAAACAUUGUUACAGAUGAAUGAUGGUCCACUUUUUUCUUUCCUAUAUACUAUACUAUAGUAUACUAUACUAUACUAUAUACUUGCUUUGUCUGCAUAAGUUAGUACAUGCCGUCCUGUCAAAUGAAGUGAAGAAUGCAAUACUCGCAAUUUACGCCGCAAAAUACAAUGACAUGAAGAAGUCUAAUUUGAUUCGUGUCCGAUGAUUAGAGAGAGAACGAGAGAGAGAGAGCGCUUUGGUAGGGAGUCAUAGAGUAACAAUAAUAGAGAGCAAGCAUGGACCUCGAAAAAGCUGUUAUUAAUCAGAGAAAUACAAAGUAAUUUCCUGAUUGUUUCACAGCAGUUACAUUCAGCAGGUAUAGACACGCCCACCACCAGCCCCCCCCCCUAGCCUUUAUUAUUAUUUUGGUGACAGAUUUAUAGUAAAAAAGAUUAGUCUGAAUUGGUGUUUAUUCAUUGUCAUUUUUAAUUUUUUUUAGUCCAUAUCGCCCAUCCCUACAAACCACAAUGUUUUUAUACAGACUGGGGAAGAACAUUUACAUGAUUUUAAUCUAUGUACUGUAUAUUCAUGAAACAUUAGUUACAGAACAACUUUUAAUUUAAAAAAAAAUCUAUUUUAAACAUGUCAUUCUUAAAGAAAUGUGUUUCUAUUAUUAUAUCUAUUUUUUAAAUUAAAGUAAUUUAUCAUCAUGUGAGUUAGAACUGAUGAACAAUAUUCUGUCCACUAUAAACUGAAUUAAAGAACAUUUUUUAA